GUUGAUAGAGGAUUCUCAUUUUGGUGCCGAUCGUCUUAUGUCAAAGCUCAUUGAAGAUAUUCCAAGUGUUGCCAUGAAUAUCUUUGACCAGUGUGUUUAUGAGGAGACUAGUCUGGAAAAUCGGUCGUACGCAGAAAUGGUGGAAAAAACGAACGACACAUAUAACUUUUUCCCCUUCAAACCAAAAGACCCAACUAAGAGUAAGUAAAAUAUUACACACUUCCUGAAACCACGUCACCUUGGUUAUAGAGCCUCGUUUUCGUGUUAGGUUUCAACUAAUGUCACGUACACAAAAAACAACCUCGUGCACGAAAACGAGGUUCUAUAGUCGAUGUUACACACAUUCCGAGAGGAUGUGUUGAAUUCAGGUUGAAAAGAAAUUACUACCUAUUAUAUUUUCCUUCCAAGUUUUUAAUAAUUAGGUCUUCCUUUUUACGUGGAUUAGUUAGUUGUUGUGACUGCCUUGAUUCACAGGAACGGUGAUUCCUAACCAGUACGUUAACACGCAUUGCGUGGACACAUGCGGAGAAAUUUGAUUGGCUGUUUAAUUUAAAACUUUGGACACAAGAUUCUUCAGACAUUCCUGAAAAAAUAACCUACCAUGUUCAUAAGCCUUUUCGUAAUGUCGACCGUGCAUCAGAAAGACGUAUUCGAAUUUCGAGUCGGGAUAAGACUAAUUCCGAUUCAUAACAUCACCUUAAGGGGGCUCCCUACAGUAGCAUGCGGGAUAACCGUGCGACGCGUGGCAAGUACGUGGACUAUCACACGAAAACUCCACGAUCAAAACAAUACAAUAAUUGGCAGAGAUUUUUAAUCAUGCUGAUUCUGAAAGAUUUGUAAUGAAAAAACAUUUGUGAAUAAUUUUUCGUUUCGGGUAUCAAAUCAAUUUUGACAUUGAAGAACAGUUUUAUAUAUGCAGCAUUUUAGAGAAAACUGUUUUGACAGUCAUGCACAGCGAUGCAUACUCGAGGAGAUUCAGAUUUUGAGUUAUCCUCUACCUCUACUAUCCAAGCUCGUGGUUGGUUGAUUAUAACAAUCAAAGACAAUAAUACUAUAGAAAUCGUCUUUCUAUAAAGAACGAGUCACAAACAAUGAUAAUUUUUGUUUCUGAUUUGUUUCUGAAAGCCAAUCACAAAACAUGAUCAUUUCAGGUAGGUGUUUACCCCAAAUCUGACAUCCACUGCCGCUACUGAUACGUCUCCUGAUUCAGUAACAUCUGAUUGGUUAAUCGGGUAGAUCUAACGCGUCUGACUGUUAUAACUGGUAAUUCAUGCAUGGUCUCUUAAUAAAGGACUAUUCUAAAUGGUUCAUGGUCCAUUAAUAAAUAGCUGUUCUAAAUGGUUCAUGUUCCCUAAAAGGGUCCCAUAAACCAUCACAAAAUAUCUUUCUCUUGUCAAUGUCUUUAACGAGACUUUUGUUAGCAAAACUGUAGUGGUUUCUGCAUUGUAAGACAGAGAAGCGGCUUUCUUAUGUAACACUAUUAUUUAUGCAUUUGUCAGAUUAUAAUACAUUUUACUUUUUAAUCAAUUAAUAAUUUGUGUGAUUUGCAAGCACUUUUUAAGGACUUUUAACAGAUUUUGUAUUUUCAAGGAGUUUUAAAAUCCCGUUAAAAAAUUCGAAAAAUUUAAGCACUUUUUAAGGAGUUCAAAGACCUGCACGGACCCUGUGAUACUGAAUCCAAAUUUUAUUCCCAAUUGAAUUAUCAAUCCAGAGUGAGAACCAGAAUGAAUGAACUACAUUUCUUUUGGGAUUUAUGUAAACAUGCAAGCAAAAGAAAUGUUUUUAGAAACGAGUUCAUUCCGAAAUGAAACUCAGUCUGGAUAUGAUGAAUGUGAUUACCUCUUUAGUUGUGUAGCAUGUUGGGUGGUUCAGCUACUUUGGAUUUCUUCGUAGGUGCUGGGAAACUUGAAGCAAUGGAAAACAUGGUGAAGUACAAGCGCGACGAGUGUCUGGGUCAUCCUCUUGUCCGUAUGUUCAUCAACAAGAAACUGGGUUCCCCUAGAGUAGCUAAAUUAUUCAUAUUAAAUACCACCUUCUACACCGCAUUCCUGAUGUCUUUGACAAUAUAUGUUGGACUGCAAACUGGAGGUAAAAAGUACAAAUUAAAAAUGCGUCUACAAAGCUGUGGGCUCUAAAGCAUAGAAAAUGUAAGAGAGUAAUUAAAGGCCUUUUCUUAUGUGAAAAUUUAUCCCGGCUAGCAAAGAAGUGUUUCUGUUCAUAUGGAGAAACGUGACAUAGCACUGUUGUGACGCGCAAGGAUUUCCGAGAUUUCGCCUGUCAACAAGCGAGAUCUCGGUACACGGACAAUCUUUUCGUCUCAUAUGAACGCAAUGUAACUUUUCAUCAAUUAUUUUCAUAACAAGGCGAGAUCUCGCCUGCAAACUUGUCGAAAUGUUUUCUCGCUAACCGGGAUAACUUUUCCCCAUAUAAAAAGGCCCUAAUUUUUACACCUCGGGUACUAAUUGUAACAUGUGGACAGGGCCGGUAGCGAAGAGGUUAAAGCAGGGGGUGUAUAGUAUCGCAUUUGCCGACAACAUUUUAGCCGCUAAUUAAUAUUUCUUUUCCCAAAAUUUUUGGCGAGGGAGGAUUUUCCGGACAUUCCAUUCUUCCCUAACUUUCUGAAUUAUGUACCGUAAUUUGCUAAAUUUUUCCCUAAUAUUUCGUAAAAUUAUCAAAAUUUUUCUUAUAACUAUUACUUUUUAAUCCGAGCAACUCAAAUAUUUUCGCUAACUGCGAAAACAAUUUGCCGAUAAAUCCGUUAUGUUGCAGACAAGAUGCUUUCAGAGGAGUGUAACACCCCACACUCCCCUCCCUAUAUAGCGAUGCCCUGCAUGUGGAUAAAAAGUGAUAUAACAAUGGUAAGUCCAGUAUGCUCAAUGUUGCCUUGUUAGAAAUCACCGUUUCAGAACUAUUUAAUUUUACUUUUAUAAUUAAAACUACCUUUUAAAUAUCAUUGACUGUGUUCAAUGUUACAUUUAAUGCUUUUUAAUAAUUAGUACUUGACAGAGGUACUUGAUUUUAAAUAGCCUAUUUACACCUGUAUACAAAAAUACAAUUAAAUUAAAUUUAAUUAUAAAACAGUUAAACUAUCACUAUAUUUAAAUGGUAUUGGGAUCAAUUUUCUGUUUAAUUAAUGUAUUCCAUUAUCUUCUGAUAACCGUUGUUUAGCUGGAAGCUUUCCAGUAAUAAACGAAAAAAUCUUCGACCACUUGCGUUGGAAAUAUUCCCUGGUGGAGCAAAAUAAUUUAAAUGAUAAUACACCACCAAAAUUUUAUAAAAUCUCAAUGUCCUUCAAACUAUCAAAAUCUUGUAAAUGAUCCAGAGCCAUCGCGAGGGUAAUUAAACCAUGUGGGGGUAUGACAGUCCCUCCUUGGUUUAUGGACAAAUGGAGGAUUAAUUUGUAAGUAAAAAGAGAAGGAUUAUUGUUAACAAAUGAAGAAUUUGUCCGAUACGAAAAUAUAUAUAAUCAAAGCAUAAUAUUACUGUUAAAUUCUAUUGAUGAACAAAUUAGUGAUGAAUUUUCCGUCAGUCUGUCAAAUGACUCGAUUUGGUCGCAUUUUUAAUUGUAAAUUUGAAACGAGAGAACUGUUCAAAGAUUCUAAAAAAAUACGAUAAAUUCCCUUGACAAUUGAUUGUUAGGAGAGACUUUUCGAGCAAUCGGUCAGGAAACCUUUAAAUAACUUAUUUCGGCAUGUAAGAUACAAAAAGAUCUGAAACCGUGUCAAGGUGAUUUCAAAAACAAUGAUGGAAAAGACCAUAACUUACUGUUUUGACAUUUACAAUAGUUCUGAUAAUUUUCUUUAUUUCAGGAUCCUACAGUUUGUACUCACCUGGGCUUUCUGGAUUAUCCGUUAUAGUCCUGAUUUUUUGUACAAUUAACGUCAUUAAAGAAAUUAUCCAGGUUUGUAUAUUUAUUGUAUUUUCGCAGACGUUGCGGUGAACAGUGCAAGGAUAUUCGCCGAAACGCGAAGGGUUGAAUAAUAUCACCGAGGUGAACAAUUAUUUUAGCCUAUAUAUCACGUACAACAAAAACAUACAAAAAAACGAAACGAAACACCAUUUACACGCUUUUAGUAAUUUUAUUAAUUAGAAAUAGCUUUAAAGAAUACCUCUACACACUGUUAAUUAUUAAACAAAAGUACAAAAAUUUGCUCGUCUUUAACUGGAACGAAACGGGUAGCAAUGUUUUAUUCAGAAAUGCUUUGCCAAUAAAUGUGGAAAUAGGCUUAAACACGAAAACGAGGCUAGGAGCCAAAAGCGGCCAUGGCACCUUAGCCUCGUUUUCGUGUUUAAUUUUAUUUUCAUAUUUAAUAGUCAAAAUCCAAAAUUCUUUUUUAUGCAUGUGUUGACGAAGGAUGUUCUGCUUCUUUGACCAUAGCGCGUGAGAAACUUCAAAUUUACUCCAUUUAAGGUGAUCUUAAGUUGAAAAAAGUGUAGUUGUGACGUAUUUACCGGAAGGUCUAUUAAUAUGAAUAAUAACGAGGGUUAAAAGUGGGAUCGAGGGAAACAGGGCAUGAAUACCUAUGAGGUAUCACCCUUUGCUUAUUAAUCACUGACGUCGAUCUAGUGGGGUAUCACUACUAGCGUUGCAAAAAGUAGAACGUAACACGACUUCGUUCAACGCUUGUUGCAAUAAUGUUGCAAUACUGGUGCGACUUGAUGAUUGCAAGCAGGGUGCUGUGAAACACGUUAUGACUUACUCCUAUGUUUUAGAGGGCCUUGUUGCAACAUAUUCAAUACAAUACGCAAUGUAUGGUGCAAGUUGUGUCACAACAUAACUUGCGACACAAGUCAGCACGAAAACUUGCGUAGUGUAACAAUGCCUUUUACCAUGAAAUCGCGUUUGUUUUGGUGCUUUAGGCAGCCAUCGAUUGGACGAAGUAUAUCAAUAACAAAAACAAUCUCAUCGAGUGGGUGAUAUACAUUUGUACCAUGAUUUACGUCGUACAAACAGGAGAGCAAAAAAGCACCUUACAGGUGGCAACAGGAGCCAUUGCAGUGUUUUUUAGCUGGAUUAACCUCCUGUGGUUCCUGAAAAUGUCUUCCUCAUUUGGGAUUUACAUUAUCAUGGCAAUGAAAGUCUUUACCUCUGUUUGCAAAGUAAGUUUCAUAUCAAACAAUUGCAAGUGCCAUUGUUUGCUAUUUUCAUUGAAUGUAGAUGUUUUUCAAUAAAAACAUAACAAGCAUUCUAAAUAGAAUAUGAUGUGAUGGAAGCUUCCUGUCAGAAUAUUAUUUUAAUAAUUUUAUAAUCAGAAAUGAGCAAUCCAAUACAAAAAUGCAGAAAAUAAAUUAACGAAUAAAAUAAUAGAUAAAGGAAUAAAUAAGUUAGUGAUUAAAACUAUAUUAAUAGUUGGAUUAUUUCUAUAGCGUACGUACAAUGGCGUACAAAUCUUUUCCCCAAGGUGAAAAAUUGUUAAAUUCCUCCAACAUCCCUCCCCCAAAAGAAAGGUACAGUAUAAUUUCGACGUGUCACUGAUUCAAAUUUAACACAUCCACGAAUAUUCCAACAAAAUUUACUAGAAAUCUUCAUAGUAGGAAGGGCGGUCGCUCGGAUACAACCUUGCUCUCAAAAUGUACGCCAAUGAUUCUCUCUAAAGGCCUAAUUCAACGACGAGCGAAAUGUGAAAAUUUCGCGCGAAAAGUUGAACGCAUGCGCAACAUGAUUUUGGAGUGUUUCUCUGUGAAAUAUCUCUCUUCGCCAGGUACGUAGUUGAAUUCGUUUCUACUCCGCUGCGAAAUGGAUAUAGCGAAGCCAAUCAAAUGCUUGCGUUUUGGCGAAUUUUUUCUCUACUGUGGAAAUCACUACGAGAGAAAGUUUUCACACAAGUGUGUUUUCGCGCGAAAUUUUUCGCAUUUCGCUCGUCGCGGAAUUAGGCCUUAAUAAAAUUAACUCGGGCAUAAUUUGUAUUGUCUACAGGUGUUGCCCAUGGUCACUUUAUUCAUCAUUGCAUUUGCAAUGGCAUUUCUCAUGCUGUCCCAAGAUGAAGGCUUCACAACCAUUCCAAUAUCAUUUCUAACGACCUUCGUUAUGAUGACUGGUGAGAUGGAUUUCCGAGAUACUUUCUUGGGGAAUGGUACCAGUGCUUUUACCAUUCUACAAAAACUGUUCCUCAUGCUAUUUUUGCUUCUCAUAACCAUCGCCAUAAUGAACCUUUUCACUGGUUUGGCUGUUGGUGAUACAGCUGAGAUAAUGAAACGAGCAAAUCAAGAACGACGGUUGUAUAAAGUAAGUUGUAGCCACCAUACUACGUACAUAAACCGAAUGUCAGCCCUUACGUAGUUUAUUGUUAUUUAUUUAUUUAAAACUUUAUUCAAUGUCGCUAGCCCCAUCAGGAAAAUCUGGUUUCAAUGGGGGGGGGGGAUUCCGGACUAUACAUACGUUAAUAAAAGAAACAAUCAUUAAUAAUUACACAAACACGUAACUACAGUCUACAAUAACAAAUUACAUACAUAAUUAUUAUCAUAGCCCGCGUGCAGGCCUAGGUAAGAAUAGUGGGCCUGCAAGCAAGAUCCUGUAUUUUGUAAAACCCUUUUCAUAACACACCCCAUUCGCGCGUCAAUUGUCAAAAAAGAACCAAUGACAGCAAACCAACUCGCAUUAAAAUGCUGCGGGGUUUUCUCUGCUUAUUCAGAAUAGAAACAAUGUGUAAAUGUGAUAAAAAAGUAGUAAUAAAUAAUAAAUAAAUAAAAAAUGAUGAAGCCUGUUCAACAUCAAUGAAGCAUCGAUGAAUGCAUCGAUGAAGCCUGUCCAACAUAAGCCGGAAGUACAUUACAGAUUUUAUUGUUGUUUCUGAGAUCAUAUGCUUUUUGCAUAUCACUUCUCCAAAUAAAAAUUUGUUUCAAUUUGGGAGCAUUGUGUAAACUAUGUUAUCUUUAUUGUUUACUGUUUACCGAGUUUCUUUCUCGUUGGUGAGCCGAUUGGCCAACAGCCUACCACCCAUUUGAUAGGGAAUCCGAAGACACCCGAAAUAACGUCAUUAUCGGAGAAGGCACCUAAAUCAUUUAUAUCAAAACCUUGAGUAGAGGUCUGAACAAGGAUUUGAACCUAGGGCUCCCGAUUGAAAGGCGAGAGUGGUGCGUUUCCACAACUGCGUUUGCAUUGGUGACACCAAUCUUAGCGGUAAUUACAUUUAGUGGUUAGGAUUAUUUUCGUUACCCUGAGGGACCGAUCCAUUACGGAAAAGUAACGACCAACGGUCAAACCGCCUCAGCAAAUCAGAACACGACAUUAUAGCCAGUGCUUGCCAUAUAAAACGUACAGAACAAAAUGGAAAACUGUUUACGAGUUGUCUAAGUUAAAUGUACAGGGCUAUAACCGCUGAAAAAUAAUUAAAUUACUGUCCAUUUUCGUGGGAGGGAGGGUUUUGGGAUUAGUUAAAGUUCUCUGUAACAAGAUUUUUGAAAGUUUUGAAUUUUGUACUAAUUUGAUUUAGUACUUUUUGAAGCUAAACAUGAUUCUCCAAUACAAAUUGUGGUGUCACUUAUCCGAAUAUUAUAAUAUGAAUAUUAUAUAAUAACAUGUAUAAUAGAAUUUCCAUUAAAUGCAUUAUACUCAGAGAGCAAUGAAAAACAUUAUUUAUAUUGUUCUAUAGGCAAACCUUGUCCUCACUUUAGAACAGACUGCCUACAGAUUCCCUUCUCUGUUUCCUUCAUUUGAUAAGGAGACCUGGACAGACACGGGCAGUAAAAUUGAAGGAUGGUCACUGCUGUUGAGCAUUUUAAAAGAGACCUACGCAAUGAGUGAAACAUGUGAUGAAACAGACGAAGUUGACUUGGAGAAAGUAGAUCAGCAACUGAAGAAAGUAAAUGCAAUGAUAGAAAAUCAAAACAAAGAUCGUGAACGUCAGUUCACAACGCAAGAACAGCAAAUUAUCACUGAAGUUAACAAAGCAAGAGUUAAAUGUUUCUCAGAAUUCAGCAGGGUAGCAGAGAGGGUAGAACAGCAAAUAGAGAACCUUCUCAACAUCUGGGAAACAAAAGAAGAAAGUAUUCAAGAGCAACUUCAACAGUGGGAAAUGAAAGAAGAUUUUAAAUUUCAAUAUCUUUCAGAUCGGGUGAGUGAAGCCAGAGAAAAGAAGAUGCAAAAGCAGCUCAAGAAGAUACAAAACAUGUUAGAACUAGUGGAAAGCAACGUUGUGUCUGUUGUCAGUGAAAUGAAGUAUUCGAAGAAGUAACAUGGAAUUUAUUGCCCACGUUAGCAGACCUCUUUACAAAAUGCUUCAAAAAUGUUGCGAUAUGUUAUAAUUCACCUUUUCCUACAGAUAAACGUUGGACUUAUUAAGAUAUUUUUAGCUAGUCAUAAUACUAUGCAUACAUGCAACUUAAUUGAUAAUUUUUAGCAGUCUUCAAAAACUAGUAUGAUAAUCAUCUGAUUAUAUCUUUGCAGAAUUUACUGAUCUCGAUUUUUGGCACGCUAGAGGAAGGCCUUUUUCUCACGUCUGUGUACAGAGCAACAUUCUUUUGCUAAAUGCCCAUUGGCUAUGUAAUCGUGUUAUCCACGACAUAUUGCCUUUUAAUUAUUCUUCACUUUUGCAAAUACCGUAAUCCAGUCGCGCCUGGUGGGUAAUCUAUACUGCUUUUGUACGGUUGCCCCUGAGUUGGAUGUCUGUACUACAAUGAAUUCGAUGUCAAUAAUUUCUUCUCGGCAAACCGUGCUGUUAAUAAUUUCUGACUGUGUUCAUAAGCAUCAUAAAACGCGAAACUCCCUCUCUUUGGUAAAGCCAUUAGCAAAUUACACAACACAGACGUGGUCUUCUUAAAAUCGAAAAACAAAUUAAUAUAAUUUAAAUUAAAUUAAAUAUUUUCUAGCAAAAGAUCGCAAAUAAGAACAAUAGCGAUGAUUCAAUUUAUCGCCAGAUUCUAACUUGAUUUUUCCCACCAAUGUCUUAUAUUUCGCCUGAAAGUUAAUACCUAAGACGCAAAGCAUUGUGGUGUUUGCGAAAUAGGAAUAAUGAAAAUGUUGCAUAUACCGUUCAACUGCGUCCUUUUUUGACAUAUCAAAUACCUUGAAGGUUAAAUUUGCUAAAAUCGAAUCAGCCAUAACUUUUUCUUUAUUUAAUAUUUGCAAAUUCCCUAUGCUUAAAACUGUAAUCAAUACGUGUUUGUUAAUGUAGGGUACAAGUAAAAUCAUCCAAAAUUAAACAGAAUGUAUAAUCUUUUCUUCAAUAUAGCC